UUUAAGUAUAUUCUGUCUUUUUGGGAAUAAUGGCGAGUAAAACCGCAUCCACUCCUGCUCCGGCUAAAGGAGCUAGCAAAGAUAAAACAAAAAAUAUUAUGCGUGAUCUCAAAAUCCGCAAACUCUGUCUAAAUAUUUGUGUGCUGGAACAACUUACCGGUCAACAGCCAGUUUAUUCCAAGGCCCGAUACACUGUCCGUUCCUUCGGUAUUCGUCGUAAUGAAAAGAUUGCCGUUCACUGCACAGUUCGCGGUGCGAAAGCCGAAGAAAUCUUAGAAAAAGGUCUUAAGGUCAGAGAAUACGAGUUGAGACGUGAAAAUUUCUCACAGAAUGGAAACUUUGGUUUCGGUAUCCAGGAACACAUCGAUUUGGGUAUCAAAUACGAUCCAUCAAUUGGAAUUUAUGGUCUUGACUUUUACGUUGUUCUCGGACGACCUGGCUACAAUGUUGCUCAACGUCGUCGUAAACGUGGUAUGAUCGGAUUCCAACACCGUCUCACAAAAGAAGACGCCAUGAAGUGGUUCCAACAGAAGUAUGAUGGUAUCAUUCUCAAUACAAAGAAAUAAACUUGCGACAAUUUUCCAACCCAUUGUAACACAAACAUCUGAUCAAGUUACAGAGUUAAUAAAAAAAAAUUAAAAAAAGUUGAAGGUCUUUAAUUUU